CACACGGAGCUUUGGUCGUGGCUCUCCUUGCCAUAAUCGGUGUGAUGACAGGUUUUGCCAAGAAUAAAGCGCGGGGACGCCUCCCUUUACCUCCUGGUCCAAAGCCCCUGCCCAUCCUUGGCAACCUGCAUCGACUUUCCUUGGAUCACAUACGAAGAAUGGAGUGAUACCUAUAGUCUACCUUCCCCCUUCUGUGAAAUCUCCGAUGUCUGAUAGAGUUCUAGGCGACAUUGCGUACUCUCGUAUCCUCAAUCAGGAUGUUAUCAUCUUGAACUCUGAGAAGGUAGCGCGAGUACUGCUUGAGCAGCGCUCAAGCAACUAUUCUGACAUGCCCCGCUUUGCUACAUUGGAAUUUCAAGUAACAUGAUCCGUGAUUUGAGACCUACUCAUACUGCUGCUCUUCAAGGUUUGGUAUU